UGUUUGUAAGAAAAAAUUACAAAAAAUGACCGAAGUGAGAAAGGACGACGUUGUGAAAAUUCUCCAUACCUAUCCACUUUGCAGAAAAUGCGAUAUGACCGAUGAGAUGAAGCAAGAGGCGAUGGAACUGUGCGUGACCGCAGCGGAGAAGUACGCGGACAAUUACGAGAGCGUCUCGCGAAUGAUCAAGGAAACAAUGGACAAGAAAUUCGGCGCGUCGUGGCACACCGUGGUCGGGGAGGGCUACGGCUUCGAGAUAACUUAUCAAUUGAAGCAUCUUCUGUACAUGUACUGCGCCGGCAAUUUGGCAAUAUGCAUAUGGAAAUCCGCGUAACUACCGACGACGUUCAAAUUGUUUCAAUGCAUAUUUUUAAACAGAACUGUGAACGUGUGAAAUUGCUUGUUUUCUUUGUUUUUUUUUUGUUUUGUAAGUGUGCAACGCGUGCUUUAAAACAAUUGUAACACAAGCAAGCAGAAACAUGAUGCAAAAUCGAUAUAGAAAUAUUUUGUGACGUCUAGUACAAAUGUGUGGGUCCAUAGUUUUGUGUUUUGUAACAUUUUUUUAUCGCAAUAAAAUGCAAUCAGCAG